AUGACGGUCUCGGACUCGCCGGCAGGCUCAAGCAGCAAAUCGUUGGAAGAGCAACCUUACUACGGUUCGUCGUCGCACGAAAAGUUCCAGGACGCUCCGCAGGGCGAUGGGCAAUCAGCACGCGCGCACGUGACCCGGCUCAUGAUGCGCAGGUCCAACACAGGUGUCGAUGUGCUGGACUCAGACAUGAUCUCCCGUGUGGAAACGCUGGCUCGCACGCUGUCGUCGCACCGUGUGCGGGACGGCCCGCUCGAGAUGGACCCCGACAAAUUCGACGCCGAGCAGAUCAUCAGGUCGUUCGUGCGCAACAGCGAAGAACAGGGCAUCCAUCUGCGAAAUUCCGGUGUCAUCGCAGAAAACUUCACCGUGAUGGGCGACGACUGCUCGUCUGCCGAAGCACAGACCUUCGAGGACAUCCUGCUUCUCCCGCGCACGAUUUUCCGCGGCAUUCGUGCUGCGAAAAACGCCAAGACCAGGGCCAUCGUGACGAACGCCAAUGUGCUCGCCAAACCGGGCGAGAUGGUUCUCGUGCUUGGCCGUCCUGGUGCAGGGUGCUCCUCCUUCCUCAAGACGAUUUCAGGCGAAACUAGCAAGUUCAAAGAGGUCACAGGCUCGAUCUGCUACGACGGAAUUCCGCAGAAAGAAAUGAUGCGCAAAUACAAGGCUGACGUGGUUUACAAUGGAGAGGUUGACGUGCAUUUCCCGCACUUGACCGUCCAGCAGACCCUGGACUUUGCACUCGCUUGCACUACGCCCAAUGUGCGUGUCAACGACGCGUCCAGGUCCCAGUACGUUGCUGCCAUGCGUGAGCUGUAUGCCACCAUUUUCGGCCUGAGACACACCUAUAAUACUAAAGUCGGAAGCGACUUCGUAAGAGGUGUAUCCGGAGGUGAACGUAAGCGUGUUUCCAUCGCGGAAGCGUUGGCCGCGCGUGGUUCCAUUUACUGCUGGGACAACGCUACGCGUGGUUUGGACGCUUCCACUGCCCUAGAGUUUGCACAGGCCAUUCGCUUAAUGACAAACCUACAAAAAUCCGUGGCCUUGGUCACCAUUUACCAGGCCAGUGAGAACAUCUACGAGUGUUUCGACAAAGUGACAGUACUCUACGAUGGCAGGCAAAUCUACUUUGGUGGAGUCGAAGAAGCUAAAGAGUACUUCAAAAACUUGGGUUAUGUGUGUCCAGCGAGACAGUCAACUCCAGAGUUUCUGACUGCCUUGACCGAUCCUAAGGGAUUGCACGAAAUCGUCCCAGGCUUUGAGAGAUCGGUUCCAAAAACCGCCGAAGAUUUUGAAAAGUGCUGGGUAGAAUCUCAGGAAUACCAACGUUUCAUGGAAGAUAUUGAGACCUAUAAAGAAGAGACCAAGAUCGAGAAAACGAAACAUAUUUACGACCAGUCUUUGGCUCAAGAAAAAUCUAAAUUGACUCGUUCUAAAUCCGCCUACACUGUAUCUUUCCCGGAACAGAUCAGACUUUGUACGCAGCGUGGUUUUCAAAGAAUUUAUGGUGACAAAGCAUUUACAGUGACUAAUAUCAUCGCAUCUGUCGUUCAGGGUCUUGUCAGUGGUUCCUUAUACUACGGAAUCCCAUCGGGCGUUUCUGGUGCGUUUUCCAGAGGUGGUGUUUUCUAUUUUGCUAUUCUGUACACUUCUUUGAUGGGUCUUGCUAAAAUCAGUCUUGAAAGCAGACCUAUUAUCGAAAAGCACAGAACAUAUUCGCUAUAUCAUCCAGCUGCUGAAGCUGUCGCGAGCUCCGUUUCUGAAUUUCCAUUCCGCUUUAUCAGUCAAACUGCUUUUUACAUUCUUAUCUUCUUCCUUUCGGAUAUGACCAGAAAUGCAGGGCGAUUCUUCACCUCCUUCCUAUUCCUAAUCGUAUGCGCAGAGAGUAUCAAUGCUUUAUUCGAUUUGAUCACUGCAUUCAGCAGCAGCGUUUCACAAGCAAAUUCCAUUGCCGGCACAACACUGAUGGCUUUGGUGUUAUACUCGAACUAUAUGAUACAGACGCAUGCUAUGCAUCCCUGGUUUAGGUGGAUUUCAUAUUCGACGCCCGUCAGGUACACUUUCGAAAGUAUGCUGAACUCAGAAUUUCAUGCGAGAAGAAUGGACUGCACCGGAAACGUCAUCCCCUCGGGGCCUUCUUACUCGGACGUUUCAACGGCCAAUCAAGUUUGCGCUUUCGCCGGAUCGCGACCAGGACAACCUUAUAUUCUUGGAGACGAUUACUUGAGUACUAAAUUUGCUUACAACUACAGCAACACAUGGAAAAACCUGGGCUACGUGUUCGCAUUCUUGGUCGUAUAUUUGUUUUUGAAGUGUCUCAUCACUGAACUGAGACCAUCAUCUUCUGGUGGAGGUGACACCCUAGUCUUCAAGAAGGGAGCCAAGAGGCUUGCGUCUCAUUCUGAUGAAGAAAGCGAUGAAACAUCUCUCACCAUGGCUGAAGCCAAGAAAAAUGUGGACAAUGGCAGCGCUGACACUUCAAGUGCAUCUUCCGAUGUAUUCCAAGGGCUCAGAAGUGAGGGUGUCUUCUUAUGGAAAGACGUUUGCUACACGAUUCCCUACAAGGGAAGUACUCGUCAGUUGUUGGACAAUGUCACUGGGUACUGUGUGCCUGGAACUCUCACUGCCUUGAUGGGAGAAUCUGGUGCUGGUAAGACCACUUUGUUGAACACUUUAGCUCAAAGAAAUGUGGGUAUUAUAACCGGUGAUAUGCUUGUUAAUGGAAAACCUAUCGACGCAAGUUUUGAGAGAAGGACAGGUUAUGUCCAGCAACAAGACGUACACGUCAAGGAAAUGACUGUCAGAGAAUCGUUGCGUUUCGCAGCCAGACUGCGUAGACCUACGUCAGUACCAGAUGCUGAGAAAUUGGAAUACGUCGAGAAAAUCAUGGAAAUUCUAGAUAUGGGUGAGUACGCUGACGCUUUGGUUGGUGACGUAGGUUUCGGUCUUAAUGUCGAGCAAAGGAAAAAGGUGUCUAUCGGUGUCGAACUCGCCGCAAAGCCUGAUCUACUGCUCUUCUUGGAUGAACCUACGUCUGGUUUGGACUCACAGUCCGCAUGGGCUAUUGUUCAAAUGCUCAAGAGGCUGGCCGAGGCUGGACAGUCUAUCUUGUGCACCAUCCACCAGCCUUCUGCCACCUUGUUUGAACAGUUUGACAGAUUGUUACUGUUGAAGAAAGGUGGACAGACAGUCUACUUUGGACCUAUCGGUGAAAACUCCCGCGACCUUUUGGAUUACUUCGAAGAAAACGGCGCUAGAAAGUGUGAGAAAUCUGAGAACCCUGCCGAGUAUAUUCUAGAAGCUAUCGGUGCUGGUGCUACGGCGUCUGUGGAAGAAGAUUGGCACGACAUUUGGAAGAAUUCUCGCCACUGUAAACAAGUUAACGAAGAAGUCGAGCAGCUCCUGCAAGAUCCUGCAAAUCAAGAAGACAAGGCGACGCCUGAAUCUUCGUCGAAGUACGCUGCGCCAUACUUUUAUCAAUUCAAGGUGGUAUACGCGAGAACUGCAACCAUUUUUUGGAGAGACGUCAAUUAUUUGAUAGCGAAGCUGAUGUUGCAUAUGUGUUCCGGGCUAUUCAUUGGUUUCACUUUCUAUAAUGUGGGUACCAGUUACACUGGACUGCAAAACACCAUGUUUGCUGCCUUCCUGGCCUUGAUCGUGUCCGCACCCGCUAUGAACCAAAUUCAAGCCCGUGCCAUUGCUUCACGUGAGCUUUUCGAGGUGAGAGAAUCAAAAUCCAACACCUUCCACUGGAUGUUCCUCAUUCUCACACAGUACUUGUGCGAACUGCCAUAUCAGCUUAUCUUUUCCACAAUUUUCUUCGUUGGUUUCUAUUUCCCUCUCAGAGUUCAUUACGAGGCCCAGUACGCAGGUGUCUUUUUUUUGACCUACUGUAUCAUGUUCCAGAUGUAUUUUGUUGGGCUCGGUCUCAUGCUCCUGUACGCGGCUCCUAACUUGGCGUCGGCUGGUGUCAUGUUGAGUUUGUGUUUGUCCUUCUUGAUCUCGUUCUGUGGUGUGGUACAACCUGCCACUUUGAUGCCCGGAUUUUGGACCUUCAUGUGGAAGGCUUCUCCUUACACUUACUUCGUGCAGAAUGCAAUUGGUCUCGUUCUUCACAACAAACCUGUUGUGUGCUCGAAGAAAGAAAUGUCGUUUUUGAACCCUCCUUCCGGACAAACCUGUGGGGAAUACAUGAAGGACUUCCUAGCCAUGUCGUCAGGUUACGUUUAUAAUCCUGAGGCCACCCAAGACUGUGGCUACUGCGUUUUCAAAGUGGGCGACGACUAUUUGAAGCAAAUCAGUGCCAGCUAUAGUUACAUCUGGAGAAACUUUGGAUUUUACUGGGUCUACAUUGGCUUCAACAUAUUUGCUAUGGUCGCGCUGUACUACAUUUUCCAUGUCAACACUUUCUCUCUGAAGGAGACUAAAGUAGGCAGAGCUAUCAUGGGAAAAUUCAAGAAAGAGUAA